AUGUGCGUUUCUCGACAUGACGAUAUCAAAAAUCAUGCAAACCCCCUCCUCCUUUCCCGCCUGUAUGACCUCACUAACACUGCCUCUCCUUCUUCCUCAGCUCUACCUGCCCGAGAAUUGGAUCAUUCCUACGUUCCCCGUCGAAAGCUCGAUAUCGUGAUUGCCAUCUACCGCGAGGACCUGCAUGAGCUCUCCACCCAUCUCACAGCCAUCUCCCUCCUCCCUAACAUUGCCUCUCUCGAUGCCAACAUCAUCGUAUACACAAAAGACGCCAACGCCUCUGCCGACUCGAUCCUCGACCACGUGAGCGCCGACCACAUCGUCCAUCUCCCGAACCGUGGCCGUGAGGGCGGAACAUAUCUCACGCACAUCAUCGAGAACUGGGACGACCUUGCCGAGCACACCCUCUUCAUCCAGGCCGAGAUCCACAACUUUGGUCACUUCCAGCGGAGGCUGCUAGAGUACUUUGUGCCGGAAACGGGAAUGCUGAGCUUGGGGUUUGGUGGCAUAACGUGUAACCUGACUGACUGCACGGACCCGUGGAACUGGCACGACGAUGCGGGGCAUCUGCCAAGGAUGUACGAGGAGAUCUAUGAGCGGCCCGCACCUGCAGAGGCAUUGCUUUUGAGCUAUAAGGGACAGUUCAUUGUCUCGGGGAAGAGGAUACGAAGCCUCAAUCGGUACUAUUACGAGUAUCUCCGUGAGAUCUUGGAGAGCAACAAGUCGGCCUACUCUGGGAAGAAAUCUGGAACAUCUGCAGGAAAUGCGCCGAGGUUUGGAUACACUCUUGAAAGGGCUUGGGGGUUGAUUUUCGGAUGUGCAGAUGGAAGGAUCGCGGUUGAAUGUCCAGGUUACUGGCAUCGCAAAGCUGGAGGUGAAGAUGUGGGAUCCUGUCAGUGCUUGGAUUCUUGA